AUGGCUGGCGCAAUUCCUUUCAGGCAGAACCAGCGCAAGCAGUCGCGGCAACUGUCGACAGACCCUCGCAAUGAGCUCCAUCCUCAAGUUGAUCACUACAUUGGCAUCGACGUUGGUACCGGUAGUGCACGAGCCUGUAUUAUGAACGACCAGGGUGAUAUUGUAGGACUGGCAUCAGAGAACAUUGACAUUUGGCGAUGCAUCUGUUCUUCCGUCCGUCGGGCCAUGGACCAGCACAACAUCGACGGAAGCACCAUUCGCGGUAUUGGUUUCGACGCUACCUGCUCGCUCGCUGUCUUUAGAGACGACACAGAUGAGCCCGUCCCUGUGACUGGGCCGAACUUCGACAACAAGGACGGUAACGACCGUAAUGUCAUACUAUGGCUUGACCACCGUCCUGUGGAAGAGACAAACAAGAUUAAUGCCACGAAGCACAACCUCCUUCGAUACGUCGGAGGCAAGAUGUCCAUCGAAAUGGAGAUUCCAAAGGUGCUAUGGCUCAAGAACAACAUGCCGAAAGAGCUGUUCGACCGCUGCAAGUUCUACGAUCUGACUGAUGCUCUCACACAUCUUGCUACUGGAAGCGAGAGCCGGAGCUACUGCAGUGUAGUUUGCAAGCAAGGUUUCGUGCCAGUUGGCGUCGACGGAAGUGUCAAAGGCUGGCAGGAAGACUUUCUGACUGAGAUUGGUCUCGCAGAUUUGUGUGAGGACAACUUCAAGCGCAUGGGAGGUGUCGACAAUGUGAACGGACGCUACCUUACUGCCGGUGAGCUCGUUGGAACCCUAAGCGAGAAGGCUGCACAGGAAAUGGGCCUUCAGCCGGGUAUUGCUGUCGGUAGCGGUGUUAUUGAUGCCUAUGCUGGCUGGAUUGGUACCGUUGGCGCCAAAGUCAAGCUCGAUGGAGACACUCUCGACAUGGACCAGCCCAAAAACGACGUAUCACAAGCCUUCACUCGACUCGCUGCUGUAGCAGGAACAUCGACCUGCCACCUCGCCAUGUCACGCGACCCUGUAUUUGUCGACGGCGUCUGGGGUCCAUACCGAGACGUUUUGCUGCCAGGCUACUGGAUGGCAGAGGGCGGGCAGAGUGCCACGGGCGAGUUGCUCAAGCAUGUAAUCGAGACCCAUCCGGCCUUUAAUGAAGCUGUCUCUGUCGCUGAGACGUACAACACCAACAUCUACGACUAUCUAAACGAACAUUUGCGCGAAAUGGCCGACAAGGAAAGCGCACCACACAUUGCCUGGCUCGGUCGUCACUUCUUCUUCUACGGCGACCUCUUCGGCAACCGCUCCCCUGUAGCAGACCCCAACAUGAAGGGCUCCGUUAUUGGAUUGAGCUCUGACAAGAGUCUUGAUGGCUUGGCACUAUAUUACUAUGCAACCAUGGAGUUCAUUGCGCUCCAAACCCACCAAAUUGUCUCGGCAAUGAACAAAUCGGGUCACGUCAUUUCUUCCAUUUUCAUGUCUGGUUCACAGUGUCAGAAUGGGCUGCUUAUGCAGCUUAUGGCAACAGCCUGCGACAUGCCCGUUCUGAUCCCACGAUAUGUACACGCUGCUGUUGUGCACGGCGCGGCUAUGCUUGGCGCCAAAGCAGCGAGUACGGACAAAGAUGGCAACAGCGAGCCCUUGUGGGACAUUAUGGAUAGAUUGAGCAAGCCAGGUAAGACAGUCAAGCCACUGGCUGACAAGGCGGUCAAGAAGCUGUUGGAUGCCAAGUACAAGGUCUUCUUGGAGCAAUGUGAGGGACAGCAGAGGUACAGGAGUGAGGUUGACGCUGCUAUUGAGGGGUGGAAGACGACGUAAGCGAAUGUGUUGGUGACGCUACAAGAGAACGGAUGUGGAUCUUGGCCAGUAAUCGUGAUUAUGUAUGCUCUAGAUAUCAAAUGUGAUCGCAGCAAG